AUGGCCGGAACCGUGCCCGUCGCAAAGUCCCUGAAGGACAUCUACACCGAAGAUGCGCUGCAAGUCCAGACCACAAGAUGGGAGAAGCUGGUACAGCAGUUCAAAGCCAAGUAUGGCGAAACUCCCGACUUCGUCUCUCGCUCGCCAGGUCGCGUCAACAUCAUCGGCGAGCACAUCGACUACUCGCUCUACUCAGUCCUGCCCAUGGCUAUCACGGCCGAUGUGAUCCUCGCAGUGCGCGUAAUUGACGGCUCCGAAGCGCCACCAGGCUCAUACAAAAUUAGAGUCUCCAAUAUCCAGUCCGAGAAAUUCCCCUCUCACGAAUUCGAUAUCCCGUACGAGACGGUAGACAUCGAUGCAAAGGUCCACGAGUGGACCAACUACUUCAAAUCUGGUCUGCGGGGUGCGUUGGAGCUGCUGAGAACAAAGCAUGGGAAGGACUAUAAGCCGAAGAGCAUGGAGAUAUUGAUGGAUGGCACAGUCCCGGCAGGUGGUGGGCUCAGCAGCUCUGCAGCUUUUGUCAGCGCAUCUGCCUUAGCAGUCAUGUUCGCAAACGGCGAGACAGAAGUCGACAAAACCGCCCUCACUGAGUUGGCCAUCGUCUCUGAACGAGCUGUAGGCGUUAACUCAGGCGGUAUGGACCAAAGCGCCUCCGUCUUCUCCCUCCGCGGCUCCGCCCUCUUCGUCUCUUUCGUGCCCACCCUGACAGCACGCCCCGUCUACUUUCCACAGACCGACCCCGAACUCAGCUUCGUCAUCGCCCAGUCCUUCGUACAAUCCGACAAGCAAGUCACGGGGCCCGUCUGCUACAACUUACGCGUUGUAGAAUGCUCUCUGGCAGCCGCCUACCUGAACGCCGUGCUCAACAAAUCCACCACCCCUCUGCCUGCAGAUUCUGGACCCCUAGGAAUCUCCUUGCACGGCCUUCACUCCACAUACUUCGCCAACUCUGCUAAGACCAUCGAGGAACAGCUUACCGAGCUCGUGGCCCUCACCAAAUCAACACUCACAAGCGAGGAAGGCUACACGCGCGAACAAAUUGCCGAGGUCAUCGGACUCUCAGUCGCAGCUCUCAAUGAGCGCUUCACAUCCAUCUUCCCCGUUCGUGCUUCGCAUUUCAAGCUCCGGCAGCGGGCCUUGCACGUCUUCACCGAAGCCCUACGCGUAUUGAAAUUCCUCUCCAUCCUGGAGAACCCCUCGGCGGCACGUGUUGACCCAGCCACGGGCACAUCAGCCUUCAACAAAUCUCUCGGCGACUUGAUGAACGCGACUCAAGAUAGCUGUCGCGACGUCUACGAAUGCUCGUGUCCGGAGAUUGACAAGAUCUGCGCCAUUGCCCGCCAGGCUGGGAGUUAUGGCUCUCGGCUGACGGGCGCCGGCUGGGGAGGAUGCAGCGUACAUCUCGUCCCUGCGGACAAGGUCGCUGCAGUGAGGAAGGCGUGGGAGGAGGAGUAUUACUCGAAGCUGGAUUUGACGGUUGAGCAGAAGGCGGCGGCGGUCGUGGUUAGCAAGCCUGGUAGCGGGAGCGCCAUCUUUGUGAUGCAGGGCGCUAGUCCGGACUAA